AUGAUUUAAAAUAAUUGGUGUUAAGGAGAAAUAUAUAAUAUUUCAGGAAGACAAGGGUUUUAUAGCUAUUACUGGUUGUUUGAAAAAACAACUUUUUAAAUCAAAUUUACAAAUGAUUCAGAAAUCAUCUACUCUCAAUUUGGAAAUAUAUUAAGAACGUAAUGAUAAUAAUAUUGACAAGAGAAGAUAAAAAGAACAAAACUAUUAUAAUGACAAAUUUGGAAUAAAUUAAGCAUCUUAAAUGGGAAGGGGAAUAUGGAAUUAAUAAUGUGUAGACUGGUAAAUGGAUUGCAUUUUGGAAAGGAAAAUAAUUAGAUGUAGGAGGAGAGUAUAAUGAGAAUGGAUUGAAAAUAGGAAAGUGGAUUGAAUUAUUUGAAAAUUAUUGGGAGUAAUAAUUAUCAAUUUAAAUAGAUAUUCACCAGUUACAUAUAUUGGAGAAUAUUAAGAUGGAAAUAAAUAAGGAAUAUGGGAUACAUUUUAUGAAAAAUAGAAAAUGUAAUAAUUAAUAAAUUGAAAUUGUUUAGAGGAGGAGGUAGUUAUUAAAAUGGUAAUAAAAUUGGUAACUGGAUUGAUUUAUAUGAAAAUUAUUAUUGGUUAUAAUAUUAUAUAUAUUAUUAGC